UAGUCUGCAGGGCUAAGCGGAGCCUGAGCUGCAGCUGAAGGAAAAAGCCUGCUGGAGUUUGGACUGAAAGGAGCCGGGAAACUCACAGCUCUCUGCCUCUCUCUCUCUGUCUCUCUUGAGUGUGUGUGAGUGAGUGUGUGGCUCCUGCAACCUGUUGUCGUCUCAGAAAACUUUUGACUGCUUCGCUGCGAGGUUAUGGACUAUUAACUGGAGACUUUUUAAAACACCUUAACUUCACAGCUAAGAGCAGUCUAAAUCGCCGCCAGCACUCUCAAAUCACCCACAGCCUCCACACAAGCAGAGACCAUGGGCAAACAGAACAGCAAGCUCCGUCCCGACGUGAUGCAGGACCUGAUGGACAACACGGACUUCACCGAGCACGAGAUCACCGAAUGGUACAAGGGCUUCUUGAGGGACUGCCCCAGCGGCGCACUCUCCAUGGAGGAGUUCAAGAAGAUCUACGCCAACUUCUUCCCAUACGGCGACGCCUCCAAGUUCGCUGAGCACGUCUUCCGCACGUUUGACGCCAACGGAGACGGGACUAUCGACUUCAGGGAGUUCAUCAUUGCCCUGAGUGUGACCUCACGUGGCCGCCUGGACCAGAAGUUGAAGUGGGCGUUCAGUAUGUACGACCUGGAUGGGAACGGGUACAUCAGCAAGGCAGAGAUGCUGGAGAUUGUAUCGGCCAUUUACAAGAUGGUGUCAUCUGUGAUGAAGAUGCCUGAGGAUGAGUCCACACCUGAGAAACGCACAGAUAAGAUCUUCAGGCAGAUGGACACAAAUAGAGAUGGUAAACUGUCCCUGGAGGAGUUUGUCGAGGGAGCGAAGAACGACCCCUCCAUCGUCCGGCUGCUUCAGUGCGACCCCAGCAGUGCUGGACAGUAGACACCCGGACAUUUUCCCCCCUGUUGCAGUUUGAUUUCAUUUAACAAGGUUUUCAGAAUCUCUCCUGGCUGAUCCACCUGAUAUCUUUGACAUUUGUUCACCUGAGCUAUAGAGGUGCAUGCAGUGACACACACACACACAAACCCA